AUGCAGAUGUGGGCCAAGAUGACGCUACCUAUUUCUGGUGUAUGGCUUAUAUUUUACUCGUGUGUGGUUUUUCAUGGACAAGCGCUGUCUGACACGGAAGACGCUGUAGAGGACAUUCCGAUUAAUGUAACUGUGGCCGAGGGAAAGACAGCUAUCCUUCCUUGUCGAGUUGACGACGUGUAUGACGAUCAAAUGAUUGUAUGGUUGAACCCCAAGCGUAUCGUUGUAAGUCAUAAGGAAAGUCGUUUUAUAAAUGAUCUACGAAUGAGUAUAGAACGACCUUUUAUGGGGGAUUACAACCUUCACAUCAGAAGUGUAAAGUAUGAAGAUCGAGGGGACUACAUGUGUUCAAUCAACACCCGUCCUGUUACCAUCAAAAGGAUCCGUCUCAUCGUUCAAGUUCCCUCGCGGAUCCUAGAUUAUCCCUCCUCCAAUGUUUUCACUGUGCGAGAAAGAAGUGACGUAGAGCUGGUGUGUAAUGCCACAGGCGUCCCGCCUCCAACGAUCACGUGGUAUAGACGGACAGACGAAAAUCCACAAGGGCGGGAAAGAGUUGGAAAAGAGGGGGAAGUUCUUGUUAUCCGCAACAUCAGCAGGUACUGCGGAGGAAUAUACGAGUGCAUGGCAUUUAAUGGAGUUCCACCUGCAGUCCAGAGACAGAUAGAAGUCAAAGUGCAGUUUAAACCGGAGAUACGUCUACUAAACAAACGCAUUGGACAAUAUCUUGACAAGGAAACCAUGUUAGAAUGUAUAAUUACUGCUUCGCCACAAGGAUCAAACGUUUGGCGUUUUGGAAACAUUCAACCGGAUAUAAAAGAGGGAUGGAAAUAUCAGUUGGAGGUGUUCGAGGAUAGCAAAUACACGGUUUCCUUGACGCUCAGGAUUAAAAACGUCAGGCCUGAGGAUUUUGGUACAUACACUUGUGAGGCAGCCAAUAAACUAGGACAUGCCAAGAGAGAUAUGCUCUUAUAUGAAUAUGUCGUUCCUACGCCGCCCCCAGUAACAACGCUAGCCACUACACCACAAAGAGUGAAACAGGAUAAUCACAAUGGUGGCGUCAACACACUAGACGGCCGACUCGAGAGUGGUACCAUACGUAGUCAAAACGGGGAGUCGGCACAAAUUCAUAAAUCAUCAGAUACUCAAAUAUUAGGUCAGUUUGGGACUAUGAACGUUCGUAUAAUGAACACGUGUAACAUCAUAAUAGCAACGAAGAGUUUGUUUAUAUAUUGUAUUUUAUCCUAUACUGUUUACGUUUUUUACGUUAUAUCAUGA